CUCCCCGGCCCGCCCCCGCGACGGGGCGGGCGGCGGCUCCGCGGCCGCCGCCGGAGCCGCCGGCAUGGAGAGAGCGGGGCGGCGCGGCCGGACCGAGGGGCGCCCCGCCCGGGGGGUGCUGCUGCCCCCUGGCCUCCUCCUCCUCCUCGUCCUCCUCCUCCUCCUGGCAGCAGAAGAUUGUCUGGCUCAGUGUGAUAAUGACUGCAAAGCUUACUGCUGUGAUGGGACUACUCCCUACUGCUGUUCAUAUUAUGCCUACGUUGGGAAUGUCCUUUCAGGCACAGCAAUAGCUGGAAUUGUUUUUGGCAUAGUGUUUAUAAUGGGAGUGAUAGCUGGGAUUGCCAUCUGUAUCUGCAUGUGCAUGAAGAGCAACCGUGGGACUCGAGUAGGGGUCAUCCGGACCACGCACAUCAACACCAUCAGCACGUACCCAGUGGCUCCACCACCAUACAGUUAUGAAUUUGAAAUGGAGUACCCAGCUGACCUACCUCCACCUUAUACUCCAACCCCACAGACUUCAAUACAGUAUCCCCCACCCCCUCCAUACCCUGGAUAUUCAGGGAAAUAAUUACAUGUCUUCACAUGGAUAUUGAGUGCCUAUUGCAACAGCCAGCACUGUUGGGACAGUGUUACCGGCUCAGGGACAAGUAGGGUGGGGUGUGCAUCAACACGUAUGGCCCAGCAUUGGAAUAACCUGGAAAAGUUGCCAUAGCUCAGGAUGAAGAAAAAUCCUGUCCAUUAUGGACCGUCAUGUUUUGUGAUUAAACAAUGCAUGACCAAAGAAACAGUUCCUGUAAGCUGGUGUCUGCUGAGUGGUGCUCAGCAUCAGUCUUAUCUUCAGCUGCAGCAUGUGGGAGUGGGGCUUUUCCUGUGUGGGAACAUGCAGGUGGCGCAAAUGGUUCAGCAAGCUGUUUCAAAAGCACAAGAGCCAGCUGCUGGGGCUUAUUUUGGGGGGAAAACUCCAACUGUUGUCUUGAAGUAACCACUAUGCCUUCCUUGAAACAAGGGGAAUAAGGAAGAACAAGGAAUACUGAAGCUGUUUUCGUUUUCCACUUCCAGCCAAUAAUAGCCAGUGAUCACUGUGCUUAUUGGUCUGAUAAGCAUGUUACAAAGAGAAGUGCUGUUGGAGUUAUGCAGUAACUAAAAAAUGAUGGGUAUUAUUUUUGGCCAAGUUUGAGACUAGUUUGUAAACUAAAGUGUUAACAUAAAGAGCAUUUUUGUAUGUGAAAUACACUAAUUUAUAGCUGAUUUACUUUUGCCUGGACUUAAAUACUCUAUACAUUGGAAAUAUGCUACAAUGCCUUUUUUAUCAGCAAAUGAUACUUGGAUUUUAUUAUAAAAAUACUGAAUUGGCAAAACUCACAAGUGGUAGAAGAAAUGCAAACCAAAUAUUAAAACACCUCAGGUUUGUCUUCAGUUGGAUUGCAUAAAGGCUUUUUUUUUUUCCAAGUCAUACUGUUUACCGGUAAUAAGGAUAUUCAACCUGACCAAAGAGAUGAGCAUAGAGACUGUGAGGAUCAUGUUACUUUUGAAUGUUGUCUUGGGCAUUUUAAAAAUCUAGGUCACUAAGUAAUACUUUUUGCAUUUGUCAUGCAUAUUGUUCAAAAUUACUUAUUCUUUGCUAUGUACAGUCCAGACCUUUAUGAUUUAAAAUGUUCCAUGUCCUUAGGAGGCUAACUGUAAUUUAGCAGCAGCUGUUUGACUUCAGAAAAGAAUAUUCUAUUGCCUAAAGCAUCAUCCUUCAGUGGUAAGACUGUUAUUUUUCUCAGAUUUAUAUGCAAACUACAAACACGGUGGUUCUCUUCAGCGGUGUAAAAGUGCUGAAUGCCCUUAGUUUGAAUUGAGUGUCUGGGCAGUUUAAGAAUGCUACAGCCAAAAAUACAGCACCUGGAGUUCAGGACAGCCGUGACAUCAGGUCCAUCUCAGAGGGAGAGACUGAAAGUUACUGCUGAUUCCUGGAGAUCAGAAUGCAUUUAAAUGUUUUCCAUUGUAGCCCUCACCUUAUUUUCAGGUGUAUCCACGUAGUAAUGAAUAAAAAAGCAACUUGCAAGACAUGGUACCAUAUCCCAGUGGAGUCAACUGACAACCUCUCAUUACCCCCCAAGUCAUACUUUUGGCAUUCAGUCCUCAUUCAGGGAAGAACUCAAGCAACAUUUAACUUUGAGCAUAAAAGUUAUUCAAAGGCAUUCUCAAAACAAGACCUUACUGACUGUUCUUGCUCAGGUUUUGCAGUUGUAUUUGUCCUUUGCAGGCUGACUAAACUUAUCCCCUCGAAACCCCACUUAAAAGCACACAUGGCCUCAGUCCUCAUCAGUACAAGUUCAGAAGAUCUGUGUUGUGGUCCUUGGCCAAGCUGAGCCUUGGGUCAUCAGCCCAUUAGCUACCAAGGCAUUUGUGACCCAGUCGGAGGAAAACUGAGCUGCAUCAAAGGUUUAUGGUUGCUGCUGGUUAACGAGACUCAAAUUCUCAUUUCUGUUUUGCUGUUCAGAGGUGACAAGUCCUGAACUGGCUUAUCCUUACAAUUACUUCUGCUCUGUGCUGUCUUCUGUGACAUUUCAGCUGUUGCCCUGACCUCUCAAGAGAUCCCAGUUGAAAUCCUCCCAUGAAGGGGGCAACCUUUUGCGUGCGGUGUUUUGGCAGUCCCUGCUCAAAACCGUCUGCUGCUAUUGAUGUGCCUGCCAACAUCGAGACCAGCAUGAAGAACAGAAUAAACAUAGGUUUCCCUGCAGAAAACCCAGUUCCUACUGCAUCAUUUUAUGCUAGUACCUCAGCACUUUCUAGUUGAUCACACUGGAUGAUAUUUUGGUGCCAAAAAAUUACCUGUAGAUAAUGAGUAUUGUCAUUUUCUCAUUCCUGUAUUUUAUUUCUUUGUGCGGAACACGGAGACACACAAAUCAAUGAGCAGUUUGUAUUUGUUGAAUCCAUUCUUCUGAAGAAUACAGAGAAAGAAAACUAUCCUACGGAUCAUAAAUCUUCCCUGAGAGAAAGAAUUUCUCCAGCCGUGACAUUUGUCAGAACAAGUUAUGAAACAGAUUUCUUACAUAAAAAGGAAUUUCUGGAAAAUUACUGAAAGUCUUUGAUCACAGAGUCCCCUAUUUCUUAGCCUUGGGAUUAUGUGUUGCCUCUGAUGAUGUUGCAUAAAGGUCAUAGUGACCAAAGUACCUACAACGUUUACAUGACUUAUUCCAGGGAAAAUUAUGGAAAUGGGAAGUUGAGAAUUUCGUACUGAGUGAGAGCUAUUUGUUUGCUUUGAAAACAGCAGUGGGAAUGUUGAUUUUUGAUGUUAAUUGAUGUUCUGCAGAUCCAUAUAAUACUGGGACAUACCAGACAUUGAUUUUAAUUUCAGAGGACACCACAUGUCUUGUCCUUGCUAAGGGCAUAAAACAUAGGUGUUGCCAUUUCAGCAAACCAGGUAGAACUAGUACAGAGUAGCUUAAUUUCAGAAAGAGGUGAUGAUUGCAGUGAAAAUAAGUAAAACUGAGAGAAACGGAGAGGAGGAGGGAGUCUGAGAGAUUUACAAAAGCAAAGGAAUAGAACAAAGAAGUUGCUGCUGAACAAAUGGAAGCACUUGCCAAUAGUGAAGUUAUAUUAGUUAAGUUUAGUUGAAAAAAUUGAAGUGUUCCAGUACCUAAAGAGGGCUACUAGAAGCCUGGAGUGGGGCUUUUUACAAAAGCGUGUAGGGGACAAGCGGGAAUGUUUUCUGAGGGUAAAAUUAGAUUAGAUAUUAGGAAGAAAUUCCUCACUGUGAGGGUGGUGAAACACUGGAACAGGUUGCCCGGAGAAGCUGUAGCUGCCCCAUCCCUGGAAGUGUUCAAGGCCACUUUGAAUGGGGCUUGGAGCAACCUGGUGUAGUGGGAGGUGUCCCUGCCCAUGGCAGGGGAAUGGAAUGAAGUGAGCUUUAAGGUCCCUUCCAACCCAAACCACUCUAUGGUGCUAUGGUUCUUUGUGUGAAAACAUGUAAUUUCUUCAACACCUCUGCAUUCAAAGUUCCUGCAGCACAGAUAUUGCCAGCCAGUGGUCCCUUAUUCUGUCUGACAGGAAUAGCUUGUGGAUCAUUGCAUUAGUACAAAGAGUUUUUACUUAGUCACACGGACUUUUUUCAUCUCAUUGCCCUGCAUCAUAUUGUAAAGAAAAAACCCCGCAAACCUGAACAUGUAAUCUAUGGCCGAGAAAGGCCAAAGGAUCUUUUGCUUUUCUCUCUUGGCAGCAGACAUUAUCACUAAUUGGUUGGUCAGUGUAGUGUUGCCCUGGAUGUUCAUGGACUUGAACCAAAUGCUGCUGGUCUUACAGUGUCAGGCUGCUCUGCCUUUGGUUCACAAUUUCUGGUCUGCGCUGGGGAAGCCGAGAGGGAAGGUCUCCGUGUGAGGAGUACAGGGCCUGGUCCUGUGAGCCUUUCUCCUUGGUUUCCUAGUUUAGCACAUUAGAUGGCUGCCUGGUUGCACAAUUGCUGUUAGGGAUUGGAAGCAGCAGGAAUUGCAGGUGCUUACAAGGGCACAUAUGCUGGCAUAUGCUCUGCUGCCAGUCCUCUUUUGUGGGAAAAAAAAAAUCUGUGUGAUGUCUUAGUCAUGUAUUGGGGAUAUUUCAAGCCAUGAUUCAUUUCACAAACUUGAUUUAGUCUGGCAUUUCUUUAACUUUUUUUUUUCCCCCAGAAAGAGCUACUUUGAAACCAGCUCACUCUCUGACAGCCUACUGUUUCUAGGGUAUAUACCAAACAGCAGGAGACAUCUCUUUAAGAGCUAAUGACCCAUUUGGGAGACUUUACAAAUUAGGUAAUAACCAGUUGGAGGAGUUAGAAGGCCAAGGUAAAGCCAGGGGAAGUUAAUGGGGUAGUAGACUGCCAUUACCUAAAUUACAUACUCUGAUGAAAAGAUCAUUAAUGUUAUUAUAAGCCAUUUUUAAUUAAUGAAAAAUGUAGCGAUUUGCUUUCUCAGUGUUGGUAACUUUGAAAGAUGCAGUUUUACCAGUGUACUAGACCAGAUUUUCAAUACUGCCACAAUGAAAAGAUUAGUUUGCUCUGUAGAGCACCGGGAUCGAUAUUAACAGUGUUCUUGAUAUAGCAGAAAUAGAGUCUUUCAAUUUAAAGCAAAUGUUCUCAAGAUUUCAUUUGUGAAAUCACAAUGAUAUUUUUUUGGAUGUAAUGGGAUAGUUCAUAAAGCACUGAUGGCUGUCUAUUAGAAUAGUAAAUAUUUAGCAUUUCUAUAUUCACUUUCAUCCUGGAAGCUCUCCAAAUGCUUUACUAACUAGAAAAAUAAUUGUUUUAGUCACUGUGGAAUAAACCCAAUAGAUAUUUAACAGCACAUAGUAAUAGUGUCUAACACCCUGGGGCAGAAAUUGCACAAAAGAAUUAAGGGCAGUUAAAUAUAUUUCUUCUGUUUCCCUGAAACAUCAAUAUUUGUAGAAAACACCUCAAGAAAAUAAUGACCAAAACCUUGUAUCAGGUGGCUCCUGUGAUUACUUUCCAAUGGGUACACCCAUUUUUUCACUGCAGCAAUGUCUGAGGAGCCCCUGUCCAAGCCUGACUUGUGGUGCACCCAUUGUAACCCCCUUCCCACUCUGUUGUGAUUUUAGUGUACAGCCAAAAUGGACAAACAAGCAGAGGACUGAAGAAAGGAGAGGUGAUGGUCCCUCACUUCAAAAAGGGAAAGAGAGAUAGAGAAAAGCAAAAUGGUCAAGACUUUUUUUGUUCUUCAGAAGACAGCUCAGUGUCACUUUAUGAAGAGAACAGUGAGCAGGGAGUAUGUUGAAGAGCUGCCAUAGAGUCAGGAGAACAGCCAAGGGAAGGAUCUAGGGAGCUCCAGCUCCAGGAUUGUGUAGUUUAGGGUUCAGGAGACAGUAACCAGUUUUCCAGUUUGCUGCGAAGAUUAGAUGGUCAAUAUUUACACAGCUCUGAAAAUGAAACUGUUAAUUAUUUUUGUUAUGCUGUGCACCAUUAAUAUUUGCAUCCAUAGUGGGGAGUAGGAAAGGGCAGGCUUUGGAUGCCAUUGCUACCACAGUGAUGACUAAGAGUGGACUAAAGCCAACAGAAACAAAAGGAAAGCCAAAGACUUAGGUGUUUCUGAAGAAAGUGUUUUUUAGGGUUUUUUUUGUCAGCCGAGCAUAUGGAGCUGGUUCCUCCAUGGAGGCAAGCUGGCCUGCUGCCAGCAAAGGCAGCUGAUUUUAGACAGCUGAAGCCUGCAGGAGGGAGGCUGGAGUGGGAACUGUGUUAUGCUGGUUUUCCCUCGGCCUGUGACUUCACCUGACCCCUCUGCUCACCUGCAGGAAGGAGACCUGGUGGGAGAUUUCAGGGCAGUCCUUCUUUCUGGCAUGAGUGCCAAGCUGGCCAUCUUAGCUCAUGACCUUCGCAACACAUCACUGAUGCGUUCAUUUUCAGGAACAUGGGCAAAGACAUUUUUUCAUGGCCAGUAAGCAAUCCCCACAUUUCUCUCAGUGGAUCCCACGUUGUAUUGGUGGGAAGUCCUCCAUUACAGGAACUAAUCUGGGGACUGGUACCACCUUUCCCCAAGGUGUUUUCUCCCAUCUUUGUUAUAUUACAACAUAUUUACCAGUGGCUCAUCUCAUCGCCCUUAUUUUACAUGCUCCCUUCAGAUCCCUCAGGGCUGUGUCCUUAUUUUGUUGCUGCUUGCCAAAGAGCUUUUCCAAAGAACACUGCUCACAGGGAAAACACCUUCCAAGCAGACCCUUUCUCCCCUGCAUCACCACCACAGGGAGGCUUGGCUCUGCAAAUCAUCCAUACCCUGGUGUUAAGCAUCACCUUUUCUGCAGGGGAGGAAGGCCAGCUGUUCAGCAGCUACCCUGAGUUCACCCUUAGCCCAGACUUUGCUUGUGACGAGACUCUACUUUCUCUCCAGAAAUCCAAAUGUGGUCAGUAAGUUUAGAAAGAAGAAAAAGAAGUCAAGCCCAUGUCUGCUGUCUGGUUUAGCUCAGGUCUGAGGGAUAUCCUUUUCCCUGUACUUUGUCACCUAUCAAGUUGACAACACUGCUGUCUCCAGUUUUUUGAAUGUUGCUGUUUUCCUUUGCUGUAGAGCAUCUUUAACAGAAGGGGAGGGUAUGUUACAGGCAUCUGUGCAACUGCAAAGCCCAAACAUUUCCUGGGGAUGCCUUGUGAUUUCGGUAGCUAUAACUCCCUCCUUUGCAUCUGGACCUUUAUAAACAAUCACUCAAGUAGAAAAUUGGUUUUAUGCUUUUUGUUGAGGUAUAAUACACUUCUGGCUUAAUUUUUAGAUAUUUAAUGUCCCUUUGGUCUUAUGCAGGCGGUGAGUUGCUGGUUACUGGGCUGUGCUUAAACAAAAUGGUAAUCUGUGCUGGGAAUCCAGCAAACCCAUGUACUGGGACUCAAACUCCUUCAUUAUACCCUGAAAUUUGAACAAUAAAUCUAUGGCUAUGGAUUAUAUAGAUUGUACAGCAGGAUAUGCAAAACAUACAUGUGCAGUAAAUCUGCAUACUUGUGACUGGGCCAUGUUUGAGGCUGAGCAUCAUACAGUGAAUUGCUUUAUUUUGGUAAUGGCCUUGUGGAGGUUGGGAACUUUCCUAGACAUAAAGGGAUGCCAUGGUACCUGCCACUUAUUGACAGCUAAGAGACAAGGUUGCUUCUGUACCUGCUACCUCACAUAACAAGAAUUUAUGGAAUCACCUCAGGCUGUCCUUGUCAAUUAUCAUCAUCAUUAUUUCUGUGUUUAAAAAACAAGACUGAGUUCUUGCAGGCAUUCAUCCGAAAAGUGCUGUGAUAGUGCAGUCUCCACAACUGAGCCUUAGCUGACACCUUAUCAGGUAAAUUCUUGGGAUUUAGGAAUGAAAAUAAAUAUGUAUGUGCUG